CUGCGUCAUCUCCCGGGGCGACAGGGUAGGCUAGUCUGCGUACGAGAUGGCUAGUGUCAGGUAGGCUCUCCAGCCACACUAAAAAAGCCUUUUCUUUCGGGGCGGUUUGCCACUCUACAUGUCAAACUAGCCAGGUCCGGCCCGACACAGACACAAACUAGCCAGGUCCGGCCCGACACAGGCUUUGUUUUCCGCUCCAGGUCGCUCGGUAUCAUUUGAUGCUGCAAGGCGUGCCAGCGCAUGUGAUACCGCGGGGAGGAGAGGAGGAUCUUACAAGAGUUCGCAGCCAGACACAGCUCAUCAGCACUCACUCCGGUGCGCAGGCAAACUCCUGAGUGCUGCACGGACGGACUGCGCUACGGGACGCUGCGCUACGGGACGCUGCUGGAUGCGAGUUUGUCGCAGACUGGUCUCACGUUUGGCGUUUGCGUUUCUUUAAGGACGAACGGGAGCGGGCGAGCGCGGCAGACUCUGCACGAGAGACAUGGGAGCGACGGCAUCAGCGCAGCGGGACGGAAAGAGUCCUGAACACGCCCCGGCUCUGGAGCAAGAGGUGACCGAGCUUCGGGAGGAAGAAAACCUGGACGACAAGGUGCUACAGAACAAUGGACAGAUCUCCAUCUCCAGCCUGAGCAGAAAGUCUGAUGAUGUCAUCAGCCACUCAGAGGAUAACACACUUGCUGAGGUGGGCCAGACGGAUGGCGCUGCCGAGAAGGACGACAUUCCGGAGACGAUGGAGGAGAACGAGGAGACGGAGGAGAGAAAAUCCGCCGAUGCUGACAUCGUCACGACGACCGAGGACAAAACCGCCGAGGACGCGCCCGCAGAGACCAGCGAGGUGGGAUUCAAGAAGAUCUUCCGCUUCGUGGGCUUCAAGUUCACCCUGAAGAAGGACAAGAAUGAGAAGGCGGAGCCUGUGAAGCUGCUGACGGUGGAGAAGAAGGAGGAGCAGACUGAGGGAGGGGCCAAAGAGGAGCCCGCUGCCGAUGAAACCACGGAAACCGAGGAGAAGGGGGCCAAGGCAGAGACCGCGGCAGAGAUCGCACUUGAGCCGACUGACACCGAAGAGGCGGAGAAGAUGGAGGCUGUAGAUGCCGAGCCAUCCGCAGAGGGCACUGCUGAGAUGCCAGGGGAAGAGUCCGAGACACCGGCCGAGUCUGCCGUCAGCCCCGUAGCCCAUGAGACGCAGAAAGAGUCCGAGACACCGGCCGAGUCUGCCGUCAGCCCCGUCGCCCAGGAGACGCAGUCGCCCUUCAAGAGGUUCUUCACCCAGGGCAUCUUCUCCAACCUGAGGAAGAAGACCAGCUUCAAGAAGGCCAAAGAGGAGGAGCCAGCGAAGGAGACACCUGCUGGAGAGGACAUCAAAGAGGCAGAAGAGAAGGAGAAACCCGAGGAGGCUGCAGAGGAGAAACCUGAGGAGGCUGCAAAGGAGCAGAAUGAGGAGGUGGCAGUUGAGAAGGCCAAGGAGGCUGCAGAGGAGAAGAAUGAGGAGGUGGCAGCGGCUCCAGCUGAAGAAGCAGAGAAGGCCGCAGCAGAACCGGAAGCAUCCGCUGAGAAUCCAGCAGAACCACCUGCAGAACAAGAACUUGCCAAGGAGGAACCCAUCCCAGAGGCAGCUGCCAGUCCAACCGAGGAGCCUAAAGAGCAGGAUGAGGUCGCCGCAGAGUCGAUUGCAGAGGCCGCUGUAGAGGCCGCUGUAGAGGUCGCUGUAGAGGUCGCUGUGCCAGCUGAGGCAGCUGAUCCCGCCCUGGCGUCUGAGGUUGAGGAGGCUCCUGCAGAGGAGGCCAAACCCACAGGGGAGGAGGUGGAGCCAAGCCCUGAGGUCCCCCCUGCUGAGGCCAGUCCAGAGGCUGAGAUCAUCUCAUCCCAGGAGAAGGUGAAGGCCCAAGGAAGCCCCCUGAAGAAGCUCUUCACAGGUGCAGGCCUGAAGAAGCUGUCCUCCAAAAAGCCAAAGCAGAAGAAAGAGACCAAACUGACCGAAUCAGGCGAGCACGCCGCUGCUGAGCAGCUUCUAACCUCCACAGAGUCCGCAGACAGCCAAAAACCUGACAGCGGCCCGUCCUCCCCCGAGGAGUCUGGCGAGCACGUCGUUAGUGAGAUCGCUCCCGCUGAGGCCGGCCAGGAGGCUGAGACCUCCACAUCGGACGGGGAGAAGAAGAAGGACAGCAUCCUGCCCUGGGCGUCCUUCAAGAAGCUGGUGACCCCAAAGAAGAGAGUCAAGAGGUCCUCAGAGAGCGAGGACGAGGCGCCUGCCAGCGACAAACCCAAAUCCGCCACUCUGUCCUCCACAGAGAGUGCUGCCUCUGCUGAGAAAGCAGAGGAACCAAAAUCCACAGAGCCUGAAGCUGAGUCAACAGCUGAACCUCAAGCUGAAGAAGAGAGUGCUGAAGCAGCAACUGAACCUAAAGUUGAGGAGAGUGCGGAACCAGCAACUGAAGCUACAGUUGAGGAGAGCCUUGAAGCUAGAGAGGAAUCUAAAGAUGAACUGAAGGCUGAACCAAAAGCUGAGAAGGUGGACUCCACUACAGAGGAGCCUAAAAAGAAGAUGGACACGUCCAUGUCAUGGGAGGCGCUGAUCUGCGUGGGCUCGGCCAAAAAGAGAGCCAGGAAGACAUCGGACUCUGAAGACGAGGACACCAAACUGGAGGAGGAAGUUUUGCAAUCAGGAGAGGAACAGGCCAAGACAGCAGAAUCCCCUCUGGGAACCUCCCAGGAAGCUGACAAUGAGAACCUGGCAUCUUCACCUGAACCGGAGGGAGAGCUGGUCUCCACUUGGGAAUCUUUCAAAAGGCUGGUCACCUCCAGGAAGAAGAAAUCCGACGAUAAGGCCGAGGACACGUCGGGUGCAGAGCAGACGCUCUCGGACAGCGAUAUCCCGAAAGAGGAGUCUUCCUUCUCGCUCAAGAAGCUCAUCCCCCGUCGGAAGAAGAAGUCGGAUGGAAAGCAGGGGCCCGUGUCCUCAGACGUGGGCUCCACGGAGGAGGACUCCGACACACCCGCAGUCGUGCCUCUCUCUGAGUACGACAACGAACCCGCCGAGCCAACAACCGAGGCAACAGAAGACACCAAAGAGUCACAGCUGGAGGAGGCGGCCGCUGCCGUGUCUGUGAAAGCAUCUGCUGCCGAGGAUCGCUCGCCUUCCUGGAUCUCGGCUGCGGUGGUGGAGGACCUCGAGGAGGACACCAAGCAGCUGAGCGACAUCCCGGAGGAAGGUGACACAGCCGGCACACCCAAGUCCACAGAUAACACCAUCGCCGAGGACAUCGUGGAACUCACCUCUGAGGCUGUGACGGCCCUGGAGCAGCCACCUGAGCCCUCCGCUGCCGAGGAAACUGAGAUGGUUUCUGCCAUGUCCCGAAUCUCUGCGUCCCCCGUCACCUCUGGCGAGGCCACCCCUGUGAUGAAGGUCGAGGCCGUUCUCCAGGAGGCAGUGGAGGCUGUCAUACCUGCUGUCACCACGGUAACUAUUGCUGAGGACCAGCAAGAGGUUGCCACAGUGACCACGGACUCCCAGGAGGCCGAAGCGGCCAGUGUGGAGGAGAAAGCUGUCCUGGUGCCUCACCAGGUGACGGAGGCCACCAACAUCUGCACCGGCCUUGACGUGGAGACCUUGGAGACUGCCGAGGUCGAGAUGCCCGUGCCUGCUGUGGAGGGCAUGAGUGCUGUCGCUGAGGUCAUUGCCACUGAGGUGGCCGUGGAGGAGAAGACAGAGCAUCCAGAGGAGGCAGCUGCCACCGAGGACAAAGUCCACAAAGCCGAGGUCCAGGAAGUCCAGACAGAGGAGGCUUCCGCUCCCGUGGAGAACGCUGUAGAGGAGACCCCCAAGACGGAGGAGGUCGUGGAUGCUCCGGAGGCAGAGCUGGUCAACGAGAUCCAGGAGACACCGGCAGUGAAGGUGGCCGUCAUCAGCGUGGCGCCAGCAGAGGCGGAACAUCUGGAGGAACCGCUGGUGGAGGAGAAGAUGGAGCCCGAGGGCCCGGCCGAGCCAGCGGUGGAGCAGCCCGUCUGUACCCAGACCGUCGAGGUCACCGAAGUGGCAGUGGUGGAGGGUGAGGAGGUUACGCGUCUGCAGGAUGCCGACGAGGCCGCUGCCGAGGUGGAGCUUGCACCAGCGAAGGAGGUCGCUGAAGCCGUAACCGAGAAAGUGACCACAUCCCUGUCGGACGCACCUGUGACCGAGGGGUCUGAGGGGAAGGAGGCCCCGAUUGCUGUUGUGGCAGCGACUGAAGAAGUUGCCGUUGCCAAGGAAACAGUGUGUGUCAUUAGUCCAUUAGAAACCGCUGACACCCUGACUGCAGAGAUCAAAGAUGAGGUUGUCAUGGAAAAUGUAGCCAUUGCUGAACCUACGGUGUGCGAGGCGAUUCAAGUGCAGGUGGAGGAGGUGGAGGAGGUAACGGCUGCCCCUGCAGUGGAAGCCGGUGUGGAGGCCGUGUCCACCAAGGACAGCGUGGUGGUGGAGGAGGUGUGUGAGGAGUUGCAGGAUGCUCCGGAGCCAACACACGCAGAGCAGACAGAGGUGGAGGUCAUCGAAGAGCAGAGCUCUGUGAUCGUCCAGACGAUCAUCCAGAACAUCAUGGAGAACAUCUCUGAGAUGUCGAAGGACACAGAAAGUGAGGAGGCAGAAGCCCCAGAAACAGUCCCCGCUGAGCUUGAAGUCACAGAAACAGCAGCAACUGCUGUGAUCACAGAAACAGCCCCAGAGACAACAACCACAGAGGUUAAAGCAGAGGAAGAGCUCACAGGUGCUGUCGCAGCAAAACCACCAAAGACCAUCGUCCAGGCAGUUCAGAUCACAGAGGUGUUCCCGGUCUCCCUCCCCGUCAACAUCGCUCCUGUGCAUGAGGAGGUGGCUGUCAUGAGUGUGGACGGCAUCGAGCCGAGCAUGGAGGUACCUCAGAAAGAGCAGGAGCCUGAGGAGGAACUCAGAGGCAGUGAAGAGGAACACAAGGUAGAGGAAGAUGAGAAGAGAGAGGAAGAGGAGAAGAGAGAGGAAGAGGACAAGGCAGAGGAAGAGGAGAAUCAGGCAGAUGGACAAAGUAAAGUCAAGACAGAACCUGAGCAAGUGACACAAGACGCAUCUGCCAUCACAGAAACCCAGGAGGCACCUGAGGCAGAGGAACCCAGCACAGCAGAAACGGCCGAGGCCGCCGUAACAGAAGAACCCAGCGCAGCAGAAACGACCGAGGCCGCCGGAGCAGACGAACCAAGCGCAGCAGAAACGACCGAGGCCGCCGGAGCAGAGGAACCCGGCUCAGUAGAAAUGACCGAGGCCGCCGUAACAGAAACGACCGAGGCCGCCGUAACAGAGGAACCCAGUGCAACGGUUGCCACGGCAGCUAGCGGGGACUCUGACGCCUCUGGCCAAGACAUGCAGAGCUCCUCAGACCUGCCGGCUCAUGGCCCCGCCCCCAACGCAGACCUGAAGGACCUGGCCACAGCACUGGACGAGCCCCAGGCGGAGAACCCCACAGCGGACAGCCAGACCCAGGCGGAGAACCCCACAGCACUGGACAAGCCCCAGGCGGAGAACCCCACAGCGGACAGCCAGACCCAGGCGGAGAACCCCACAGCGGACAGCCAGACCCAGGUGGAGCCUGCCGCUCAGGACGCACCUGCACUGGCUGAGAACACAGUGAACACACAGGAAGUGAUGGAGCACGUCCUGGAGGAGGUGGUGAGGGAGAUCGAGCCCAUUUCCACCGAGAUCGCAACCAUAUCAUGAGCAGCCAGCAGGCGGCGCUCAUGAGCUGAUGCCUAGAGGGACUUCUUCUUCUUCUCCAGCAGAGGGAGCCCUCAACCACAACAAGCCCCAGCACAGACUCACCACACACUCCUCGUCCGUCCAGUCUGACCACACACUUCUCCAGCCCCAUGUCAUCCGUGGAGGUUCAGUUGAAAACACUCCUCGGACGAGCACCCCCCCACAUACACACACUCGGGGGCAGGACGUCCCUUCCCUCCUCCUGUGGGGGGGGGGGG